UGCUUAACACUGAUGGAGUCUGUGAGGCUUGACUUACAAGCUGGAACUUUCAGGCAAUACAACGAAUCAGAAUUAAGAAGUUGUAUUUAUGCAAAGUUUACUUAACAUGAUCUCAAGAGAGGCAACCACGUUUCAUUUUCCUUUGUUAUCUUUCUGACUUGCCCCUGUUCAUUCAAGAUAUGGCAUCUGAGUGCUGCCUCAGUCUCACCAAAUACUUCCUGUUCCUCUUUAACCUGAUAUUCUUUAUUUUAGGAUCGCUACUAUUAUCUUUGGGACUAUGGAUGCAAUUUUCAGACGCAAGUUUUUUCAUAUCCGCCACUCCCUACAUCUCCAUCUCUCUCUUCUCCAACUUAUUGAUCAUCAGUGGUUCUGUGACCAUGUCGCUGGGCUUUUUAGGGUGUCUGGGAUCUCUGAAAGCAGUCAAAUGCUUGCUAGGAACUUACUUUAUUCUUCUAACGGUCCUCCUCGCGGCUCAGAUAGUGGGUGGUGUUCUUCUCUACACACAGAAGACUGAGUUGGACAAGUCGCUUGAGGUGCAAACCCUUGACCUAAUAAAGUCUUUUGGAAGGAAUUCUUCCAGUCUCCAGGGUUUCGAGCAAACUCUCAAAUACAUUCAGCAGGAGGGCAAAUGCUGCGGAUGGAAUGGUAAAGACGAUUGGGCUCCUGGUUUUGUACCCUGUUCAUGCAUCUAUAUCAUCAGCGAUGUCAACACAACAUAUGAAAGCCAUCCAGAGACAUGCCUUAAAUGUUUUUCAAAUGUUUCUAUUUCAAAUCACACCUGUGGAAUUUAUGAUCAGGGUUGCAAUAAGAAUAUACAGAAAUGGCUGGACGAAAAUAUUCUCUUCAUCUUGGUGGUUAUUUUGGCCAUUGCUGUUGUGGAGAUAUGUGGUAUGACCCUUUCGAUGUGUCUGUAUAAAGAAAGUUCGGUGGAUUACAGUGCAUUUCCGUACUAAGAGGACCACUGGGAAAACAACACGAAGUGUCAAUGUGCUAUUUUAAUGAGUCUAUUUUCUGUAAAGUGUUUGAUAUUUUUAUACAGAUUUGAUAUUGAUACAGAUUUUAAUGCAGUCAUUUUUAGAAUAGACAACAAUAUUUGUUUGUGAGUGUUUUGUGUUUAUGAAACAGAUCAUGUCCUGUAAAUCUGUUCAUGUAAUUUUUAAAAGUUUUUACAUCUAAAGAUUAAUCUGCUGUUGCUGUAACUAAGACUGUGUUUCAUUUAGAUGUUUGCUUUAGCCAUAGGGUAUAAGAAAGACUAAGAGCAUCUGGGUGGGACCGUAUAAUGUUUCACCAUUGUUUUGCACACAAAGCAUAUGACCUGAAUAUUGUGGCAAACUGUGAGAUACUGUUCCCAUAAAUAUGCCUUUCAUAUCUAAACUUUAGUAUUUUUUCUUUAUAUAUAUAUAUAUAUACACUCUAUAUGCUCUCAAUGUAUUCUCGUUUUUAUAUUACUCUUUACUUAAUAUGACAAGCUACAUCAUAGCUGUAGCAUUAUGUACAUAUUUAACUAUCAAGAGUUCCUAAAAGGUCAAUGUACUCAAAUAUAAAAACUGUGUAGUAAUAUACUGUGAGUAAUUGUAAUAAAACUGUUACUAUUAUUUGAAAUAAAAUAUUAAACGACAAUGUAAAGUUGUCUUUA